AUGACACAGCACGCAUCGCCGCUUCCACACACGGCCAGCCACCACGCCGCUGUCGCGGCCAAGAUGCAGCCCACUUUAAGAACAACCGAAACACCCGUCCGCACCUCGUCGCUGCCCCCGACGCCGUCACCGCCCCCGACGCCGUCGCCGCCCCCGACGCCGACGCCGCCCCUGCCAUAUGGGGCGGAGACGACAUCACCACAGGUAGAGGAAGGCACGCCCAUCCAGCCCCUGUGGCACCGAGGCGGACUUGACAGCCACGACGUCGCCGCCGCCGCCGACGCCGCCCCCAACUGCCGUGAAGGCUCACGGGGGGCGCCGCCAUGCCGCCGCUGCCCACCUCGGCCGCAGCUGACGCUGACGCACAGGUACCUGACGCCGCCCCAUGGACAGCCGCCACGUUUUGGUUUAGACGAUUUUGAUAGAGCUGUACGAGAGUGCGAGCAGUUCCGGGCACUGGGCUUUGACUGCGAGUGGGUGACGGAGCACGGACGUCGCCGGCCGGUCGCGCUGCUACAGCUGGCCUCAAGGGACGGGCUGUGCGUGCUGUACCGACUCUGCAUGCUUCCUUGUCUGUCCAUGCCACUCGUGGAGCUGCUGGAGGACCCCUCGGUGCUGAAGGUGGGCGUGGGGUCCCUGGAGGAUGCGCGGCUACUGGCACGGGACUACGGCGUGCAGGUGCGCGGUUGCUUGGACCUCCGGCAAUUGGCGGAGGCCCGAGGUGUUCCUGGUGGCGGGCUGGCGACCCUGGCGUCCUCGCUUCUGGGAGCUACACUGCACAAGGACUGGAGGGUGCGCUGCAGUGACUGGGAGGCCCCAUGCCUGUCCUCAGCACAGCUGCACUAUGCCGCCCAGGACGCCCUUGCGGGGCUGCUCAUUUUCUCUCGCCUGGUGCAGGCUCCCAGCUGCAGCUGGCUGCAGGUGUUGUCGCAGUGCGAGGGCCUGGUGGACACACACCCAAAGGAGAGGCCCUGUCGGCCGGCCGGGAAGGAAGGGGCCGGCUCCCGGGACUGGUCCCUGAGGAAGCAGCAGUCCCGCUCCUUCUCCACGCUGCAGCGCCCCAUGUACGACAACUGCUUCCUGCAGGCGCCCGACCGACAGCUGCUGUGUACCUGUGACCUGGGCAAGGCCAAGUGGUACCUGGACAAGCAGCUGGGCUUCAAGGUCAGUGACGACCCCUUCGUGGUGCGCCUCAACUUUGAGCCGGCCAGUCGCGACCUGCCCCAGUACUACAUGGAGGUAAAGGCGAACCGCUGCGUGGUGUGCGGCUACGACCGCUCCUACCACAGGAAGUUCGUGGUGCCGCAGGAAUACCGCAAGUACUUCCCCAAGGAGAUGAAGGAUCACCAGUCCCACGACAUACUGCUGCUGUGCACACGCUGUCACUCGCGCAGCAAUGUUUGUGACCAGACUUUGCGCCAGAGACUUGCCCAGGAAUGUGCUGCACCUCUUAGCCCACUGCUAGACCGCAGCAACAUGGAGUACGCGCAUCUGCAGCAAGUAAAGUCAGUAGCACGUGCCCUGCUGCGCACAAAUGCAUCUCUCAUUCCUGCAGUGAGAAGGCAGGAGUUGGCCAACAUCCUAAAGGAGCACUUUGACACGUCCGAGGCCCUUAGCACAGAGCAGCUGCGUCAGGCCGCCAGCACGCAUGUCUCGCGGCGGUACCAGGAGCAGUACGAGACACACGGCAGUCGUGUGGUGCGCCAUUACUCUGCGCACAGCGGCCUGCCAGCCCUCGAGCAGACCUGGAGACAGCACUUCCUGUCCAGCAUGCAGCCGCGCUUCCUGCCACGCCUCUGGUCCGUUCAUCACAAACACCACCGCGACAUGACUGCGCCCCGCGUGCGGCACUAGCAGUCGUGUGGUGCGCACUGCGGCACUUCCUGCUGUAUUUUAAAUAAUAAUGCCGUUAUUAAAACAUUUUAAAAUUAAA